ACGUUACGUGCUCACGUACAGCGUUGUGAGAGUCUGUUCCUCGUUGGCCGUUACAGGAUUCAGCUGCUCGUGUACAGAGAGGACGGUCCCGGGCCCCGAAGCAGAAUACAGCCCCAGCAUGUCCCGCUACACCAGGCCGCCCAACACCUCUCUCUUUGUCAGGAACGUGGCGGACGCCACUAGGCCGGAGGACCUACGGCGUGAAUUUGGUCGCUAUGGCCCCAUAGUAGACGUUUACAUUCCACUUGACUACUACCAUCGCCGCCCCAGAGGAUUUGCAUAUAUUCAGUUUGAAGAUGUUCGUGAUGCUGAAGACGCUCUUUACAACCUCAACAGAAAAUGGGUUUGUGGCCGUCAGAUUGAAAUACAGUUUGCUCAAGGUGACCGUAAAACUCCUGGACAAAUGAAAACCAAGGAACGACAUGCCAGUUCCCCAGUUGAUCGCAGAAGAUCAAGAAGCCACAGCAGACGCAGAACUCGCAGCCGAAGUGGUUCUUGGGACCGUGGCAGGAGAAGGUCAAGACACAGAAGACACUCAUACAGUCAUUCAAAAUCUCGUUCAAAAACUCCUCAAAGGCAUUCACGAUCUCCACAGAGGCAUUCUUUCUCAGGAGGACGCUCUAGGUCGGUUGAGAAAUCACCGUCUGGUUCACCACCAAACAAGUCUGAACCGAAGUCUCGAUCUGGCCAGCGCCGUUCUGAUUCUGCAAAAUCCCGCUCAAAGUCCCCCCGUCAAAGACACUCCAAUUCUAGUUCACAAAGAGAGCUGUCCCGAAACUCACGCUCAAGGUCUAGAUCUCGGGGCUUUAGGGUUAAAAACAGUCGACAGUCUGGGUCUGAUGAAGACUAGUGUGCUCCUAACCAUAUAGAUUGUUCAACCAGAAUGCUUUGUAAGCUCCUUGACUGUUUUGAGGCUUAUCUCUUAUCACUUAGGCUUCCUGGGAAGAGAAAACAAAAAUCUUCUCAAUGUAAAUGGUUAAAAACUUAAAUUCAUUUAGCAAAUGUAAGUUGAGGCAAUUUUUGUUUUUUCCUUUUUUUAAAGCCUUACUGUUAUUUAGAACAACUUUUGACAUGUUGCCCAGACUUGUCAAACGUUUAUAUCGUACUGUGUUUCACUGCCUAGACCUGAUUGCAAGUUAUAAGCCGGUGAAGUGCGCUUCACUCCCUGGCCAGCAGAUCAGACCUUUCACUGCAUAGAUUAUGCAAAGAAAAGGCCGGGUUUAAGUGAUAGCGAGGGAGUGGGGCAUGCGCUGCAUCUGACUCUCAGAAGUAAGACUCGAUGUGGCCUAACUUUUGACAUUUCUGGAUAACUUGCUAAUAGUUUAAAAUAACAGUGAAGCUUUUACUGUCAUCAGUAUUUUAGCCUCUAAAUGUGUUUUCAUUUAUUAGUAUUAGAAUCAUUAUUUUUUUUUUAUAUUUUCAUGUAUGAAGUACCGUGUUUCAAAGACCAGUGGUGGGACUGUGUUUAACUGGGUCUGUCAGCUUAAAUGCUAUUAAAAUUUAUCUUUUCAUCAUAUUUUGUAAUAGCUUUUUGAUAUACUAAGGUCUAUUAAAGUAACAUUUUAAUUCUUAAAAUAUUUUCAAAACGCUGUAGAGCUACAUAUAUUAUGCCUAAACUGAAGGUGGUUUCUUGGCCUGGCACGACAAGAAUUUUAUGUACCAAACAUCCCACCACCAGGUCUUUGUUUGGCAUAAACAUGUUGUGUUUUUUCUUUUGUAUAGACCUUUUGUUGCUUGGUAAUGUCUUUUGGAAUUGGUAUUGUUUGGUAUAGUAAAAUUUUUUUUUUUUUUUUUGUCUAGCAGUUUUAAUAAAUAGAAAUUGUAC